CACACACAUCCUGAAUGCCCGUGGAAGCAGAAACUCAAGUUUCUUUGUGUGUGUUAACAUGCGUCCCUGUCUGUUUUCCACAGGUUUAUAGCGGUCAUCACUAUGACUGAUGGGGAUUAUGACUACCUUAUAAAGCUCCUUGCCCUGGGGGACUCCGGCGUGGGGAAAACCACCUUCCUGUACCGAUACACAGACAACAAGUUCAACCCCAAGUUCAUCACCACAGUCGGCAUCGACUUCAGGGAAAAGAGAGUGGUGUACACAGCGUCCAACCCAAAUGGGACGACCACAGGGAAAACCUUCAAGGUUCACCUUCAGCUCUGGGACACAGCUGGACAGGAGAGGUUCCGCAGCCUGACGACGGCCUUCUUCAGAGACGCCAUGGGGUUCCUGCUGAUGUUUGAUCUCACCAGCCAGCAGAGCUUCCUCAAUGUCAGAAACUGGAUGAGCCAGCUACAGGCCAAUGCCUACUGUGAGAACCCAGAUAUCGUGUUGGUAGGAAACAAGGCGGACCUGGCCGACCAGCGGGAGGUUCAGGAAAAACAGGCCAAAGAGCUGGCCGAUAAAUACGGGAUUCCGUACUUUGAGACGAGUGCAGCGACAGGAGCGGAGGUGGACAAGGCAGUGAUAACGCUGUUGGACCUGGUCAUGAAGAGGAUGGAGCAGUGCGUCGACAAACCGCCCGCUGAGCCCGCCAACGGGAACGGGGCCACAAAGCUCGGUGAUGCGCAGCCCAACGAGAAGAAAUGUGCAUGUUAGAUCGAGUCUGCGAUUCAGGAAAUGACCAGUCAACGUCCAUCCUUUCUACUCGUCACAUCCCUCCAUCUUUUUACUUUCCUCCUCCGGUCAUCUUUGAUUGCAUGUUACUUUGUCUUCUCUUCAUUCCUUUCUCUCUAAAACUAACCUUUAACCAUCCUCUCCCCUUUCUCAAUGAAACAACUCUGCCCCCCUCUAGUGGAUAGUCCAGAUACUGCAGUCUCAGCCUGUCUGCCUUUGAGCCCUGUUUAGGAGGAAGUUAAAACAGUUUCAUCACUGUCAGACACAUAAUGUGCCUCGUUUAAAACAUGCAGCCUGGGAAUUAAGCUCCGCACGCUCCCACUUUCUCUCAUAGCAUGUGGUUUGAAUGAUUUUAAUGGCUUUAAACAGUCAAAAAAAGAUGUUUAAGUUCAUCGCUUUGUAACAGGGGGAAGAUUUUGCUUCCUGUUUAGGCUGCCACUGGUUGACAGCCUAAUCUGGGCCAUAAAGAGUUUAACAUCAGGCUGUAUAUUUGUAUAAAUCCCUGAAGCUUUUCCUCCUGGACCAGGCUGAACAUCUGUGUGACCAGUGUGUUUUUAUCCUUAUUUAUUCCCUGUUUCACACUGUCUGUGCUGUACCUGUAUUUGCCAGAAAUGAUCAUUUUUAACAGCAGUUUUGUGUGGUUUGAUAAUGCUAGAAAUUUGCUAACAAUGCACCAAAUAAUUUAGCCAAUAUUUGAUGGUUAGCUUCUGUAGCUAACUUUACAAUAAGUUAUCUUAAUCCUCAAUUAGCUGUCUAGAUAAAUAUUCAGCCUAAAUUAAAAUUUAUAUUAAAUAAAUAUACAUGACAUAGGUACAAAGCAGAGGAAGGUUAAAAACCUCUGCAGAGUUUGUGGCAUAACCAUUGCUGAUGUCUCGUUUCCAAUCUGUUUAGCAGGUAACAUAGCUAGCCACUAACGUAGAGAACAGUGCUGCAGUGUUGGCAGUGGCUGCAAACUACAUGCUAAUAUUAACAAAAGCAGUUGAGAAGUGUUUUUGAGGAAAGAUUUCACAAUGUUUUAUUAAAACAUGGAAAUAAAUAGAGAGAAUAAUGUAUCGGGAAAUGUUUUCGUAUCAGUCUUCUCAAAAUCAACACAGCAAACGUCUUGUUAGCUCUUUAUGUUCAAGGAUAUUGUGACUGUUGAGUUAUUGCUUUCUGUGCCAAUACUUUAAAGUUUUCUCUGGAGGAGUGCUCAUACAUCUUUAUAUCUGACUUUUGAUACCAAAACAAUAGCAUGUGGAAAGUUUAGCUAACAUAGCCUACACUGCUGUGCUUUGUUUGUUUGUUUGUUUGUUUAGGAUUUUUUGGAUACUUUGGAUACUUUUACAUUGCAUUAAUAACAUUGUGUACUUAAUUAAUUUUUUGAAGUAACUGUUGUUUGCAGAUUUAAAGAUAGUAUACCAUUCAUAUUUUAGGGUAAAUAUGGGUACAGCAUGAUACAUGUGCAAUGGAGGAAAAAAGCCAACAUUGUAUAUUAUUAUAAGAGUAUAGACCAGGAUAGACGUAUUGUUCCAAACUGAUCUACUGCCUUGGCUUUUAAAGCGUUAUUCCACUGUGGAGGCCGAUUUCAUCUCCGUUGGAGUUUGAGAUAAGUCAGCUAUAUUGGUUGCUCUGGGGCUCCAUUGUCACCAUGACUUAGUAUCAUUUAACUGAAAACAAAAUUAUAGUACAGCCUAAAAGAAAAUGGCUAUAGCAGAUAGAACAAGCAUGGCAUUUGAGUCAAUUAGCUAUAGCGGCACUGAAAAAGUUAAGUGGUGAGGAUAAUCAUAUCUAGUAGGAAUUGUUUUUUAUUGUGAAGAUAAAUACUAAUAAUUAUAUCUAGUGGGAAUCGUUUUUUAUUGUGAAAAUAAACGUGACAAUGAGAAAAAAUGCCAAAUAUCAGUGGGGUGAUGUUCGAUCUUCAGGGCUGCUGACUUUAGAGUCUUUUUAACCGAUAAUCAGAUGAAGUGAAAUAACGCUUUAAGGCCCCAUACAUGACCAAUGUCAUUAGAAUAUAAAGUGACCAAUUAUUUAUAUUAGAAGAAAUGUAAAACAUUAAAUAUUAUUUCUGUUGUCAUAUUUCAUGUUUCAUGUUUUAUCCUUUUUAUCUGUCACACUCACUUCUUUGGUUGUUGUCAUGUUCAUGUCCGUCAAGAGCAAAUUAUCUCAACUGUAUUCAUAUUUGUGAUAUUUGUUUUUCAUCACUGUAGUGCUCUUAAGUACAGUUGUCAAAUUAUCCCAGAAGUACAAAUUUAUCCACAAAGUGUGUCUAACAUGAGGAAAAUACACUAUUAGAAACUCCUGAGGAAGUACAGCAGUUUUUCACUCUGUUCUGAACUGGACUUUUUUUGGCUCAAGACUUGAAGUUACUGUGGACCAACCUUUUGUCUUGUUUUGUUGCUCAACACUAUAUUGUUUAUUUUCAUUUUGUAUCAGAACAUUUAGCCCAGUGAAAUCAUGGAUACAUUCCACUGAGCUCAGUAUAAAAAGCUGCAUGUUUUGUACCAUGAUGCUAAGCUUGAGCACGGUGAAAAAGAAACGUCUUUAAAAGCCCUUUAGACAUAAAUUUGCAACAAAAACACAGUUUAAAUAAAUGUCAAAAAUCAGCUUCGGUUUCAAGAUUAUCUCCUUUGUUUUAAGUGCAACUCAGCAAUUUUCCUCUUAUCAAGUAACACCUUGAUCUGCCUUACUUCGUGAAAAAUCUUGAGCCAAUGUUGAGGUGCACCAGAAACAAGGGAAAGAAUCUAUCGUCAUUUAUCGUUAUUGCUGCCAAUUAAAUUAUUAUUUUGUCCUUCA